GCAGAACCGAUAGAACAAACCCUUAAGGUUAGGAAGGUCUGAAACGUGACGAAACUCGCUCGAUAAAGUGAAAGUUGGUUUUAUCCAAGGUCGAUUAAAGGUUGUUCGAUCAUAAACUUUUUAUAUCACGAUUUCGAAGAUAGAUGUCGGUAGACCGUCCAUAACCGGUUCGAUCCGCUGUAUACCGCGCAUGAAGCGGUGCGCAUUCCCAUUGACCAGUCUGUAGUCUGAGUCGUGUAUUCGGGCCAAUAGUAAUCGUGCGGUGCCUUUGAGAACACGGUACGGUCUCUCGUUAGUCUCGUCUCUCGUGGUGCGUUUUCACACGUCACGUCGGAAGCGAGAAGGGCAAACGAAGAAAAGAAGGGAACAACAACGAAAGUUACGUCGUGUCGGUUAAAGAGAUAAAAAAAAAUCGAAACAAAUUAAACGUCAGAAUCGUCGUGAGGGAUAAAAGUCCGUAACAAGUUCGGGCAAAAUUCCUUGCGUCUCGUAACUCGUCUAUCGCGUCUCUGUUUCCGUGCUAUCGUGUUCGAAAGUCGCAGAGAAGCUGCAACUCUUUUUCGGUACCAGGAUUCCGCAGCGGGAGCCGCGCAAGACGAGCAUCAUCAACGCGGCUACACCAACGGCCAAAGGGGCGGCAAACGAGGAGGGACGAGAGUGUCGGGUGAGGAACGGCGAAGUAAGAAAGAUAGAUCCACCUUUAACGGUGGACAGGAUCAUCCUUGUCGAAGACGUCCGUACAGGUCGUCGAGGAUCGGGGUUUGUCAUCGUGGGCGAGUAACAGCAGAGGGAAAAGGGUCGCCAUGCCGGCAGGUAUUGGCGCUUCGUACAGGUCGCUAGGCGACCUGGGCGAAGACGUGUACAAAAGCACGACGAUCGUCGACCAAACACAGACCACCGGACAAAGCGUCCUCGAGAGUGUCAAGAAGGCUUUCAGUUUCGCCUCGCCCAAGGUCGAGCUGAGGAAAAAGGACCCUCUGAUCGUGGACCGCCGUGAGAGCGUCUCGAUCGUCUCAAGGGAAAGAAACAGGAUGCCGACCGCCGCCACACCCGAGAAAUCAGCUCUUUUGGGCACGAUGCCCUCAGAUAGUAUGGAUGACAUCGAACUGAAAAAUAUUCAACUCCAAUUUCCACCGUUGAGAUGUCUAUCGAGAGAUGACAGUUCCGUGCGAGAGGAGAGGGUUGAAACCGACAAAGGAAGUAUUUUGGUGGCUGUGCAAGGGAAUCGAGCGAAACCUGCCAUUCUCACUUAUCACGACUUAGGCCUUAACUAUAUAUCGAGCUUCCAGGCGUUCUUCAAUUAUAUCGACAUGAGAGUUUUACUGGAGAAUUUCUGCGUUUAUCACGUGAAUGCACCUGGCCAAGAAGAAGGUGCACCCACGCUGCCUGAGGACUACGUCUAUCCGUCCAUGGACGAGCUGGCUGAACACCUGCUCUUCGUAUUGAGCCAUUUUGGCCUGAAAUCCGUAAUCGGUUUUGGAGUCGGUGCAGGGGCCAACAUACUAGCGAGAUUCGCGCUUGCUCAUCCCGAGAAGGUCAAUGCUCUGUGCUUGAUAAAUUGCGUGUCGACACAAGCUGGUUGGAUCGAAUGGGGAUAUCAGAAACUGAACGUUCGCCACUUGAGAUCGCAGGGGAUGACUCAAGGUGUAUUGGAUUAUCUGAUGUGGCAUCACUUUGGCAGGGGCACGGAGGAAAGGAAUCACGAUCUUGUACAAGUGUACAAGAAUUAUUUUGAGCGUCGCGUGAAUCCAACGAAUCUGGCAUUAUUAAUCGACAGCUACGUUCGUCGUACAGAUCUGAACAUCACGAGGGAAUUAGAUCCUACGCGUAAGAAGGAAGGUCUCACGCUUGGUGUACCUGUGAUGAAUAUCACAGGAGCUUUGAGCCCACAUGUCGACGAUACCGUCACGUUAAAUGGACGAUUAGAUCCGAUGAAUAGCUCUUGGAUGAAGAUUUCUGAUUGCGGAAUGGUACUGGAGGAGCAACCGGGCAAAGUAAGCGAGGCCUUUCGACUAUUUCUGCAGGGCGAAGGAUAUGAUACUCUUCUCUGUAGCCGUCUAUCUGUCGUGCAAUCAUAUUCGAAGUAUGACUUCGCCAAUUAUUUAUUUAACUCUUUAUAUCCUGAUACAUAUUUAUUCUUAUCGCUUCAUUGAAUAUAUAUUAAGAGCGGAUACGAAGAGGUUGAAACGCUCUCUUGAACGAUUAACGCUAAUUUCGCGACUGAUUGAAGUUUAUUAUUCUUUUUGGCUUCUUGGUCACAGAAACACGAUAGCACUUAUCACAUAACACAACGCUUUACCACUAUCGCCCAGUUAAUAACGCAAAUAACAGAAGAAAAAAAAAAAAAAAAAAAAAAAAAAAAAGAAAAAAAAAGAGCGGUGUACUUAUCGCGCGAGUACAAUAUUUCAUCGAUGAUUACAACAACGUUUUGCUUAAUUCCUCUUAAGUAAUUAUUAUCGAUCUUUUUUUCUCCAUUCGACUCGCUUCAAAAAGCGAACAGAUAACGCAUCAUUAUUAAUUAUUUUUUACGCGGUAGGUAAUCUGCGAAUAUUAUCCAAAGUUAUGCCCAAGUUGUUCUAAUUAAAUUUACUGUUCCUAUCGUGAUGAUUAUCGUUAUAUUAAUUGUUGUUGUUACGAUCGUCUCUGUUAUACGAAUAGAGUUUUCAUGUUGUACAAAUGGCGCGAUGCCAAGAUGUUGUUAACCCUUGAUGCAUUAAGGAUCGACACUUUAAAUUUCUUUUUAAAAAAAAGAUCACUCUUCUUUUCAUUUCCUUUCUUUUUUUCUUCUUCUUUUAUUUGAACCAUAAUAUGAGAUAAAUCGUUUAAUUUAUUUCUAAUAAAUAUCAACUUAUAGUAUCCUUGAUACAUUGAGAUUUAAGAACAUCUUUGAUCAUGUACUUUCCUUCGUUGGAAAGCCACUGGCUCGACUUGAUAAAUAAAAAGAGGUUU